CCUGUCUGUCACUGUUAGGGCUCGGUCAUGGCUCUGUCACAGUGCCUAGAAGACUCCCCGCUGAGGCUGGGGCCAAGACAAGUGGUCUCCGACGGGCAGAAUCUGCAGGAGGUCUACAACGAGAGGCACCGCUUGGCUCUGGAGCAGCUGUUGUCCGGAGGGAUCGACGACUUUCUGGAUUUCCUCAGGAAGGAGAGGAUUCCCAAUUUUCUGUCAGACGACGAAAUCCAGCGGAUCCGGAGCGCAGUCGUGCCCCCACGGUGCGUCUCCCUCCACGGGGAGGACCACCAGGCGCUGGAGCCGUCGCUCGGCGGUUCCCUGGACUGCUCGUCGGUCACCUACUUCCCUGAAGUGUCCGACGUGGAGCCGCCGCUGCUGGAGCUCGGAUGGCCCGCCUUCACCGCGGGGUCGUACCGCGGAGUGACGCGGGCGGUGGCGCACUUCCAGCCCAGCUACGGAGAGACGAUUUACAGCUGCAAGGAGGCAGCGAGGAGGCUCAUCAAGAGUGCCAGAGAGGUGAUUGCCAUAGUGACGGACUCCCUCACAGAUCUGGACGUCUUUAAAGAUCUUCAAGAGGCAUGCUCCCAACGUAAAGUCCCUGUCUACGUUCUGCUCGACCAGGCAUGUGCUCCCGCUUUUCUCAAGAUGUGCAGAAAUGUUGGCGUUCGCCUGGAUGAUCUUCGGCAAAUGAGAGUGCGAACCAUAACUGGUACGACUUACUACACGAGGUCUGGAGCGAGGAUCACUGGGAGAGUUCAUGAGCGGUUCAUGCUGAUCGAUGGAAACAGAGUGGCUACAGGUUCCUACAGGUUCAACUGGACCGACGGCAAACUGAACAGCAGCAACCUGAUCGAGCUCUCCGGUCAGAUUUCAGAGAGGUUCGAUGAGGAGUUCCGUGUCCUCUAUGCCCAGUCUCAGCCCAUGAGCACUCGUGGACCUCCUGGUGUCCGUGGCAGCAGCAUCUUCGAGAGCCUCGUGGUCAAGCACUCUGUCACUUUCUCUCCUCGUUUGACCAGAGAGAAGCUCGCUGAGCCGGCUUGUCUGACAAGUACACCCAGCCGUAAGCCCCAGGCGUUAGUGUUUGAGUCUCCACGUGAGCCCACGUCACCAGAUCAUCGUAAAGCCAUCCCAGUCUCUGACUCCACCACCAUAGAUGGGAUGGAGCAGAAGCACAUGCAGGAGGAGAUCCUGGCUGGCAGCAUGAAUCAGCAUUUUGCUGCAGAGCUGGUCUCCUGUCAUGUGUCGACUCAGACCAGCCUGUCGGUGGCAGACAGUGACACUCAGACCGACGCGCAGCAUCUCUGCGUCACGACGCCUCAGAGAGCAAGGCCAGUCCAGAGCGUCUCGCUGCCCCCGUCCAGGCAGACCUCAGCCCCUGCUGCAGCUCCAGAUGCAUCUUUAAAGGACACCUUCCACAAGCUGACCAAAGAGCGCCAGUACCACUACUCAGCCAUUCGCUCCAAACUGGAGCACAUGAUGACGUCGCUGAGCGAGAGGCGAGAGCUGGCGGACGUCACCAACAUGACUCGGGGGCUCGGAGCUCACAGCAGGCAGAGGAUGCACAAAGACUGUGCGCUGCCUGUGGAAGGUGCAGCGAUGGGCACUUGGCCAAGAGCCAGAUGUGUACACUAGUUUUUCUGCAGAGAUUUUAGAGCUGCAAGGUAGUGGGUAAAAAAAAAAUUUCUGCAAAAAUGUC